AAAUAGUGGUUGAUUGUUGUAAUUAAAAAAAGGUGAAAGUGUUUGAGCAAAAAAUAAUCGCAACAAAAUGAAGAUUUUUAUAUAAAACGCAAAGUUUUAGGUUCAAGGAGUGGACAUGAAUGUUAGCAGGGACCAUGGGGACCCCGUUUGUGAGGGCUGCUUGUCUCAGAACCCGCAGACGAUCACAGAAAUCACAGAAUACGACAUCAAGAAAGUAUUUUACGAAAUAAUUAAUAUUCUGGACGCUAAUUUAUCCACAAUAAGUUUACAUCUCUGUGAGGAGUGCAAGGACAAUAUUGUAAAGUUCCUGCAGUUCCGGAGACGAGUGCUGGACGCACGAGAUACUAUCAACAAAUACCUGUCGCAAUCAGAAGCCAAUGUCGUUAAAACUGAGCAGUGUACAGGCACUCAGAGUGAAAUCAAGAGUGACCCGGAGGAGGUGGUCACUACACUACCCUUCGUGAAAGUAGAGGUGGAUGCAGACAACCAUUUCCUUGACGAUGAUAGCCUGGAUGCAGAGGAUCUCAAGCCUCCUUUAGAAAAAAGUUCAAGAAAGAAAAAUAAAGUAAGAAGUAAGAAGAGAACAGAAGAUGAGUUCAACGACUCGGACGAGGAGCCGCUGCGCAAGAAGAAGACUGAGACUAGUGUUAAGAAGGAGAAGGAGAAGAAGAAGGGUCGUCGCGAGCGUCCUGCGGGAGUGGUGGACAACUCCCGCGUCCGCCGCAAGCUGCAGCAACUGAACGUGGACCCCGCGCUCGUCGCCAUGGAGGUACUCAGCUGGGAACAGGUAGCGGCGGAGCGUGUCUCUGCUGCGUCAUCCCCGCGGUACGAGCAGAGCGUGUGGCGCUGCGAGAGCUGUGUGCUCGGGUUCAACCAUCGCGCCAAGCUGGACAACCACAUGAAGAAACAUGAUCCCGGGGUCCAUGGGGACGCUAAUCACAUAGCCUUCCUCGUCAAAAAGAAAAAUAUGUUAGGUAUUGAGCGGAAAACUUUAUCGUGA